AAACCAGUACGUUUAAAUAAAUUGCAGUUGAUCGUCAGCUGAUUUUAGGAGUUUGACACCAUUAGCUGAAUCUACCAAAAGAAAAGAGGCAAAAAAUCCAAGAUGUCUUACAGUCAAAUAACAUUUAGUCGCGUGAGGGAGUAUUUGAUGAACGCGAAUGAUUCAAGUUUCAACGGAAAGACUCCAGUGGGUGCCCAGCCAACAGUCAUGAUGUUUCAGUUUCCUGCUUCACCUAAAGAUAAUUACAACGAAGUUUAUCCUGGGAUCAUAAUUGGUGAUAAAGUUUGUAGUAAAAAUAAGAGACAACUGAAAGCCAUGGGUGUGACACACGUUGUAAACUGUUGCCAAGGCAUCAAACUGAACCAAAUAGACAGUGACGUUACUUACUUUCGUGAUGCAGGCAUAACAUUCCAUGGAAUACAAGCAUUGGAUCACAGCUCCUAUAAUAUGACUCCACAUUUCAGUGCAGCAGCCAACUUUAUAGAAAAAGCAUUACAAUCAAAUGGUGGAAAAGUUUAUGUGCACUGCAUGAUGGGAAUCAGCCGAUCUGCCACCAUUGUUCUAGCUUUCCUCCUGCUGAAGAAAAACCUCAGCCUGUUGGAGGCUGUGAAGAUGAUUCGUGCUAAACGAGAAGUUUUUCCAAAUGAAGGAUUCAUCAGACAACUUUGUAUGCUGGAAAGUACACUACAUACAUAGCUUUAAAUUGUUAUUGUGUUUACAAAUUAAAAACUAAUAGAACAGGAAUGAAAAAGUCUAAUUGGGGGUUAAGUCAAGGUUGUCAAUUUAGGCUUUUUAUGUUUAUGACUUGUGCUACAUGCUGUACAGAAAUAUUCCUUUUAUACCUUGAUUUUACCAAAUUAAAUGUAUUUUGAUAUCAUUGAUGAUUCAACAUUAGAGUCCUUUUACCAAGAUUGUUUGCAAUGUAUUCGUAUAUCAUUUCAGUGUAGCUGUAGUGUUUCAUUGUGACCAUAAGGUGAUUAAAUCUUAUGUAUUUGAGGAUAGGACUUAUCUGCUUGUGAAUGUUGAUGAAUAUGUGCCAAUGACACAAAUCGGGCCAUUCAAGGUGUUUGAGAAAUAUUUUUGUUAACAUCAUAUUUUUGUAAAUCUUUUUAUCAAAUCAUGUAUAAAUACUGAUGUUAUGAUGUUAUUUUUUACAGUUGGCACUUCAUGAGAAUGGAAUAGAUAGGUUCCCAUGACACUUACAAUUAAAAUACAUAACUGCCUUUGAGGGCCAUUAGUCCACUUAUAUUUAUACCCAUGUACAGAUAUGACUCUAAGAAAUAUAAGGUUGACUGGCAGUGCAUGUACUUUGUUAUGUGAAGUUUACAUAGAAAUGUCAUUAGAUAAGGAUUUUACACAAGAGUUUUGUAUUGUUAUACUGAGAGACUUGUCAUUAGGUGUAAACAUGAUCUCAGAUCAUUAUAAUGGGAUUUUGAUAUCUCAUAGACUAACAUUUACCUGAAAUUUACCUGUACAUGUGUAAAAUGACACCAGCAUUUCAGCAAUCAUCCGUCCCUUCCUUAUUCUAACCUGAGAAAAACCUGAAAAUAGAAAAAUGCUGGCUAAGGAUUUAUUGUUUCAUUUCCUUUUAUCAUAAGAUAUGAUGAAGAUAAACUUGAUUUUCCAAUGUUUUCCUUGGCUACCUUCGAAAUGACAUGUGGUUUUUAAAUAAUUUUGGUAUUCAUGAAAUAAACUGAUAGGCCAUGAGACAAGUUGUGUAAUAAGUAGCUGCUCCGUUAUUUCACUCUGUGUUAAACAUAGUAUCAAAAAAAUUUGUUUAUUUUUUGUAUAGUAAUAAUUAGAUCUGUUAUUGAUUUUGCGAUAUGAUGUUAAGGAGUCUUGAGAUGGUUUUAUAAAGAUGACUUUGGUUUCUUCUGGUGUUGAUAUUAUGUGUUUGUUUCACUUUCAUAUUUUUGAUUUUGAGAUAUAGUUGUAAAUAUUAGAAAAUGUAUGAGAAAAUGUUUUGUCGAAUGAAAAAUGUUUAUUGUU